AUGACCCAAUCAAAGAGCGGCGGGAAAUUUUCGCGUUCAAACAAUACCUACAGCCACCUACGCGUUUCAACAAAGAGAAUUAUCCGAGUCUCGGAAAGAAAAUCAAAAAGUUCGGAUUCUUCGGAAGGUGUGACAACGAAAACAGUCAAGAAGUUUAAAGCAUUUCAAAAGGUGCGCAAUAAAACUCCCCGGAUGUUUAAAGGCAACAAAAGUUCCAAGAAUGGAAGUAGAAUGGUUGGCUACAAUAAUGGAUCUAAUUCAGCCGAUGAGUUCCACCUUAUUUUGCCUAUUCAAGAGACAUCUGAUGGGAGAAGUUAUCUUAAUGAUGAUCUAGAUGAUGACGAAAUGUAUUUCCUUGAGCAUAAGGAGGAGUCCGUUGAAGAUGAUUUUCUUAAUCAGUUAGAAAACAGCAAAAUAAAUACAUCUUUAGAUAAAUAGUACUGCCUAGCAAACAAUACGUAAUAUUUAAUGAAAUGGAUUUAGUUGACAUAUAUGUAAUUUUAAUUUCUUAAUGGGUGUUUUAUCAUUAAUGUUCAUUAAAAAAAUACAAUUCUUGCCAGCACUAAAGGAAA